UGUGUCUCCAGAUUUCUGUAGCUGACAUAAAAAUUCUGUCAAGAUAGUUGAUAGAUUUUGUUUUGUUGUGUCAACAUGUUAUUAGAGAUGUUGUCAUUAAAUUCCGUGCAUGCUGAAGUUCCUCUUCACACAUUGCAGAACUAAUGAUGCAUGCUUUUGUCCUCCAACUAAGCAAAUUGUAAUGUAUUCUAGGGAUGCUUUCGGCUGCUAAUUUUCAUUAGGUGAUGGUGCCGAUUCCGAUCAUCCAUGAGUGAAAUUGGCCGAUACCGAUACUGAUCACAUAUGUCAAGUGUAAAUCUUUAAAAUGUAUUUAUGAGUGGUCAGUGGUGCCGUUCAAGGGGGAAAAGUUAGGACAAUUUCAAGGUCGGCCCAUCGAUUGCCACAUUUAAUUUUAUAGUCAAAUCUGAUUCAUUGUUUUUUUUCAUGUUGUUUUUUAGGGUUUUUUUUUAGACCACAGCUAAUGGGGAUCCAUACAAAUAAAUUUAAUGUGUGACUUUUUCCACCUAAAAAACAACGGUACAUUUAUUUAAUUAAUAAUGCAGUAAGCAAGACGAAAAAUGGUGGGCAUGCCACACAUCUGAACAACAUGACGAGAAAAUCAACUACUUGCCGGCUAACUUUUAGCUUAUUACUGCUAACUUAUUUCAAUUUAGGCAUAUAAAAAGUUUGCGUAAGCGCCUAACCGCUUUUAAAUGAUAUGCCAUGUUGGUUGUUUUGUGUGAUAUUUAAAAAGCUGCUACCACAAAGCUGCACUUUAUUCAUCAUUCAUCGCACUAACCUAAUAUGCAAAGUUUUGCACUCUGCACAACUGGAGAGUAUGCAGUCCCACCGUCCCUCCCCGACACAGUGAUGCAAUGCGCAACUGAUAUGGGCAGAUUGUGUCGCAUGACCUCACCCUCAUCCCCCGUAUUUACAGUCUGCUUCAUUCAAGCCCCCCGGGUACCACGUGCCAAACGGAGACCCCCCUAUCAUGGAGACAAUCUUGUCAUCACUGAGCUAACCUCUUCACUGUGCAAUGUGGUGCAUGGCACUGAUCCUUGCUCACUGCUCAAAAGUAUGCCAACACAGACGCCCCCCCCCCCAUUCAUUUGCUUGGCAUGAAGCAUAAGAGUGGCUGUUCACAUCCGCUUUGAUAAUUUGAAUAGGCAUACAUCUAACGCUCUGAUACCAAUUCAGGUUUUUUUUUUGCCGUGUCUUGUGCAUGUUUGGAUGCCUGAGAGCCUCCGCAGGUCAUCCCACUGUUGACAGCCUACACAUAAAUGCAGCAUCAUAAUUCAUGAGUAUGACCUUUCCCAUGCAGCAAGGCUAUGCAUGUAAAUGUAUGAAAACACUCAUCUGUUCAUAGUCGUUUUCUUCUUAAAAUAUGAACUUUUAUGUAUCUAAGGAAUAUAAAAAGGAAAAUAAUAAUUUCACACAAUCACACAAACGGGCGUGUUGCCAUGGAGUCAUGGGACUUACCGCAUGCAAAUUGCAUGUGAGAGAAACAAACAUUGCUUUCAUAUUCUGUUCCGCAGUUAUUCAGGGAACAAUAAAGCCCACAUUUAGAUGUCAUCAACAGCAGCAGGAAUGUCAUUUUUCUCCCAGUAGGGAUUAAUUUGUGGUCUCACCAUGACUAAAACAUACUGUAUUAAUUUAAAGCUAAUCUUAUUCCAGAAUAAAGAAAAAAGGCCACUUCAUCCCCUCAACGCACUCACCUCAUAGCAAAUUUCAGUUAGGAAAAAAAACUUUCCAAGAGUUGUUAUUGUUACUGUGGGUGCCUGUGGAAGAGUAGUGAAGUGUGGAGAGUGUAGGUGGUUGUAUGGCACUCAUUCAUUAUUCAUCCACUGGGUAGGCAGACUCUAAGUGGCAGUGACGGACACUAACUCUAACACUGAGGUGUGACAUCUCCGGGCUUCUUGACCACAUAUUUUAUGGAUCUAAUCAUUACACCACACAAAUAAGAGCUAAAAGUUGGACAUUUUAUUCAUAAUGCUUUGGAUAGGAAGGACAGUCCGGAACUGACGCAAUAUGAGAAAGAGUUUAUGACUAGAAGUGGACCCCAUGCACAGUAAAGAUGGGCACACCGGUCCAAGCAGUGCUGUUGAUGCUGUUAUGGCAAAGUGUUUGGCCUUUGGACAUCCCUCUAGAAAUCCGCCAACCGCCAACCAUCACAAAGCAGUCAAUGAAGGAGCAUAUUGUUGACCCCAAAGACACCAUGGUCAUUGAGUGUGAGGCGAAGGGAAACCCUCAUCCUAUCUUCUCAUGGAGGCGUAACGGGAAAUAUUUCAACGUGGCACGUGAUUCACAGGCAUCAAUGCGCAGACGCUCAGGAACGCUGGACAUCUAUGCCCGGAACAAUCCAGAACAGUAUGAGGCAGAAUAUCAAUGCAUUGCCUCCAAUGAGUAUGGCUCUGCAUACUCCAACAAAAUCAGACUACAAUUGUACAGAGCUCCUGUGUGGCCAAGGGAGAUCGUAGAACCUGUGGUGAUUAGUGCUGGUUCACCUUUGGUCCUGUCCUGUGACCCUCCAGCCGGUCCGCCUAAACCUGAAACCUACUGGAUGUCCAGCUGCUCAUAUGCCAGACCCUUUAACUGGCCAAUUCAGACAGCCUUCCCCACCAUGCACCCUGUGCGGCAGGACCGUCGGGUAUCCAUGGGGGUCAACGGAGACCUGUAUUUCUCCAACGUUCUAUUCAACGACUCUGCCUUCGAUUACUGCUGUAGCGCCCGCUUCCCCUACAAGAAUGCCAUCCAGCAAAAGAUGCCAGUGGUUGUCAAGGUGAUCACAACUCAAGCCGUGGUGGAGGCCGCCCCCACCUGGCUUUCUCCUACAGGCCCAUCCAGUUCUGUUCUGGUCCUCCUGGGAGAGGAACUACUGCUAGAGUGCGUCGCUGCUGGAGUGCCCACUCCUAGCAUUACCUGGACGAAGGACGGUGAAGACUUGGUGGUGACCUCAAGCAUGAAAAUGAAACAUUUCAACAAGAUGAUUCAAAUCCAGACGGCAUCAUUUGAGGAUGCGGGCGAGUACAUCUGUACCGCCACCAAUAAGAUCAGCUACAUUCAACACACGAUAACAGUCAGGGUAAAAGCGGCUCCAUUCUGGUUAGAAAAACCAGAUGACUUAAUUUUGGCUCCUGAGGAAAAUGGACGCUUGGUGUGUCGCUCAGAUGGCGUGCCUCGUCCCACAGUCAGCUGGUUUAUCAACGGAGAACCGAUUGAGACUGCCACACCGCAAAUAAACAGGCAAGUGUCCGGAGAUACACUGACCCUCAGCAGCGUGAAUGCCGCCAACACAGCCGUCUACCAGUGCAAUGCCUCAAACCCAUACGGAUACAUAUUGGCCAACGCUUUUGUCAGUGUGCAGCAUGCAACACCUCGUAUUCUUGGGCCAAGGAAUGAACUCGUCAAGGUCAUAGAGGGAACUCGAUCCUUUUUGGACUGCGUCUACUUUGGCUCUCCAGUGCCUGACCUGCGAUGGUCCAAAUACGGACAGGGAAAUCUGGAAGGAACUCGUUUUAAGACACAUGGCAAUGGGACCCUGGAGAUAAGACGCACACACAUAGAGGACCAGGGAACGUACAUGUGUGUCGUCAGCAAUGUUGCAGGAAGAGAUGAGAAUCAAGUCAGACUAGAGGUCAAAGAACCUACGUUAAUUAUCAAAAGACCACAGGAUAUGAAAGUUAUCUGUGGAACCGAUGUGCGUUUAGAGUGUGGUGUGAAAGCAGACAUCACCACACCUAUCACAACCACAUGGAUGAAAGACAAAACCACAGUCACACUCGGUUGGAGAUUGUCCAUGGAUGAAUCCAAUCUGGUCAUCACUAAUGUAAACAGAGGUGAUGCUGGCGUCUACACAUGUGCCGUCAAGAGCGAACUGGACCAAAAGUCUGCAUCAGCACACCUAAUGGUGAUGGAUUAUCCUGAACCUCCCACUAAACUGGAGUUGUCUGAUCCAUAUGAACGCAGCGUCAGACUCAGUUGGGUCCCAGGAGACAGCAACUUCAGCCCCGUUACAGAAUUCUUGGUGCAAUAUGAUGAUGAUGACUGGUUACCCGGAAAAUGGAAGAACUUAUCAACUUACCCCGGGAGCCUAAACUCUGUCAUUCUGCACCUUGCACCCUUCACAUACUAUGAAUUUCGCGUUAUCGCCAUUAAUGAAAUUGGACCAAGUCGACCAAGUCGUCCGUCGAUGCGCUUCCAGACGAGCGGUGCACCUCCAGAUGUCAUCCCAAAGAAUGUAAAGGGUGUGGGAACAUGGAGAAACAACAUGGAGAUCAGCUGGGAGCCUCUGACUUACAGAGAGUGGAAUGGGCCACACCUCAAGUAUCUGGUCUGGUGGCGACGGAGAGACUCCAGAGAGGAGUGGAAGAAUGCCACUACUAAAUGGCUGAAAUAUUAUAUUUACGACGCCGAUACUUUUACUCCUUAUGAGAUCAAAGUCCAAGCUGUGAAUGACUUUGGGCUUGGUCCAGAGUCACCGGUUGUUAUUGGUUAUUCCGGAGAAGACCGUCCAGUUAGUGCACCCCUGAACCUGAGAGUGUCGGAUAUCCAGAGCACCCAGGUGACCGUGCAUUGGGACACAGUGACUCGAAGCUCAGUCAUGGGAGAGCUUAAAGACUACAAGGUGUACUACUGGAGAGACAGCAGUCAGCUGAGAUGGCUGAGAGUCAACAGAGCUAUGAGUUCCAAAGUGUUUACAGACACCGGACCGGAGCCAUCCGGGGUUCUAACAGAGCUGAUCCCCUACAGCAACUAUAAAAUGUACAUCGUGGUGACCAACAGUCGAUUUGAAGGUCCGCCCAGCAACAAUAUACACUUUUCUACACCUGAGGGAGUACCAUCUGCUCCCACGUCCUUCAGAAUCCAACAGCGACAUCUUGACAGUAUUUAUGUAGACUGGGACUUGCCAGCAGAACCCAAUGGAAUCAUCAUCGGAUACUCACUCAUGUACCAGACAGUGAACGCCACCAGGGGAGAAGAGCAGAGAGUGGAGGAGUUCCUUCCAAAUGUGACAAGUUUCUCAAUGCCCCGAUAUGACCGCUACACUAGAUACCGAUUCUCUGUAGCGGCUAAGACUCGGAUGGGCGUAGGAGAAUGGCAUACCGAGGAGUCGCCACACUAUACCACUGAGAUCUACGCCCAGGACCAGGUUGACAUCUCCACUCAAGGCUGGUUCAUCGGAAUCAUGUGUGCAGUGGCUUUAAUCGUGAUCAUACUACUGAUAGUGUGUUUCAUCAAGAGAAGCCGAGGGGGGAAAUACCCAGUACGGGAAAAGAAAGAUAUUUCACUGGAGCCUGUGGAUGAUAGGGAUCAAGACGGUUCCUUUGACUAUCGGUCUCUUGAAAGGAUAGCACGUGUCACCACUCUUCCUUUUCCACGAUGGGAAGAGGAAAGGGGGAUUCAGAGGGGUCAACCAUCAAUGGAGGCAGUGAUGAAAAGGUCAGACAGUGACGACAGCCUGGUGGAGUACGGAGACGGAGGAGACAUACCGUUCAAUGAAGAUGGCUCCUUCAUCGGCCAGUACACGGGACAAAGGAGAGACGUGCGUGACUUGGACUUCGGUGGGAGUCUGGAGCUCCAUUCUCCAAUGAAUGCCAUCUACUCCUUGGCUUGAAACUGCUUGGAAAAGAGAUCCUACACUUGAACAGUCUUCAUUGCCAGGAGGAGUGUGAGGUGGCCAUUUUGAACAGCCCGGAUAAACUCUUCGGUUUCUAGUAUGUAAUAUUGAAAAUGUAUGUGCAUUUGCAUCAUUCUUUAUAGCGAGAACUUGGAAGAGGAGAUGAACAUGAAUCACUUUUGUCAUGUUAAUAAAAAUGUCUACAUCAUGUUUUCUAUCCGUCACCAUCAAUUGUAUUGUAACAGACUACACUUUUGUGACCCUCAAUUUAA